CACGAACGAGAGCAUCGUCGUAAGAAUUCGCAAAGAAAUUCUACCUGGUAGACUUCUAGGGAACUGUAACUUGCGAACUUAUAGAAUUUGGCGUUUUACUUUACUUACGGAUCAAAAAUCCGUCGGAAUAUGCACAUGCAGUGAGGACUCUAUUCAGUUCCACGUGGGAACCUGCACGUUGACGGAGCAUAAUCUUAUUUCUGUAAAGUUUACUCGUGAUUGUCUCAGGAAUUAACCUUCGAUCAAGCGAGAAUUGCGGUGAUUUUAUAAGUGCUGCAUUCAAGAACUGGGGUAAACCUUAAUCUGAUAUUCAAUGGCAGAAUUGUGUUCCCCAUACUGCAGCAGACCGUGUUUCCUGUCAGAAGAAGGUAUUAAAAAGGCUCGAGACAAAAACAGCAACAGCAUGGAAAGUAAAGGCGCAACUGCAUCUCUGUUGACGGUUGAGUUUUUCCAAAGUAUCCUUGGAAAAAGAGGAAAACUUGUUUCUUGGUAUCCAUUUGAGAUCCCUCAGCAAAGCAUUGGUCUAACCACAACAUGUAAAGCCAUAAAAGAUGACGAUCGAAUGAUUGGGCACCAAGGAUUUGAAAUCACUUACAGAACAAGCUCUGAAGAUUCAGCAAGGAAAACAUUUCGAGUUGUCGCAAAGUGUAAGCCACUGGCCCUCAAGUUCGUUAACAUCUUUGGAAGCUGGAUCGAGCAAAAAAGCGGAGAAGUAAGCCAGUAUGCUGAGAUGUUUCGCCAGGUGUCUUAUUUCAGGAACUCUGAUGUAAGAGAGAUUAAAGUCAUGAGGACGCAGGACUCAAGGUUCACAGACAUUGCACCGAAAGUUUAUCACACUGUCUGUGAUCCUUCUAAGGAGGUUUUUGUAAUAGUUAUGGAGGAUCUUACUGGUCACGUGACACAUUUUAACACCAUCAAUAACGCGUCAGAGGUCUGGGAUCAAGAAGAUAUUAAGGUGGUUCUGCGAGAUAUUGCUCGUUUCCAUAGCAUCCAUCUUGACAACGUAACUAACCUAGAAUCUGAGCCCUGGAUGUGCUUUUACAGCGGAAGCGUUAUGAAGGCGCUCUCAGAUUUUUGGUACGCCCUUUUGCGUCACAACUGCGUGACAUUUCCUGAUCUGUGGACUACGAAAAGGACGAAUCUUGUCAGAAGUUUUAUUGACAACAUGGACCGCGUAUGGAAAGUAAUCGAGUCAUUUCCAAGGACUUUAGUUCACUAUGAUUUUACUCCAAGAAAUGUGUGCCUCCGCAAGCAAGAAUUUCCAACGGAAGAUAACCAUAACCGCUUUUUUAUCGCAAACAACAAAUUAUGUCGAGUGUCCUGUAUCUAUGACUGGGAAAUGGCGACAGUUCAUGCACCUCAGCAUGACGUGGUUGAGUUCCUUGCAUUUGUUCUUCCAGAGAGAGGUGAAAUAACAAGUCGUACAGACCUUGUUCGAUUUUAUCAGGAACAAUUGGAAAAGUCAAGUGGAAUGACUUUCAACUCGGAACAGUUCAUGAACGUUUUUAUUGCGGUGUGUUGUGUGUAUGCAUUGCAUCAACUCUCCUUGAAAACCAUCACUCACUCAGUUACGCGGUUACCGUACUUUGAGAGAGCAGUCCAAUCGCAUAUGGGAUUCCUAGAGGACCUAGAAGAAAGAGGCUGUCUUAAGUUCCUUUAUGAUAAUGAGCUCAUUUAAGGACAAUCGUUACCUAUAAUGACAUUGAAUAUCAUCAAGCAACCGUUUGACUUUGAAUGACACGAUUGUUGAGGAAAUACGACUUUCCAGUUGUGAAUCGACAUAUCCGUUCCCGUUUGUUCCGCCAAAGGUUAAAACUCAAACGGCAAUGUUUCUUAAUUAUCCAAAACUCGAUAGCCAGCCUCUGUUCAAGUAAUUAACCGACGCUCCUCGAGGACGAAGACAUUAACUCGAGAGAGCGGCAGACAUUGAGCCAAAACUCUCUAUGGCGCUUGACUUUACUUGAAUCAGUUUCAUGUGGCACUUAUACCAUCAGAGAAAUCUAGUUAUGCAAAUUUGAAAAAGGAAAUGCUUUGUAGAGUGUCGCAAAACCAAUUAUUUGUCGGUGGACUGCAGCCUUAGAUAUUUACUGUUUAGGAAAACUACUCUAACAUGAAUUAUUAACUAUCUUUACGGACUACCCAGUUAUCUCGUAUCUAAGGCUGGGAAAUGUCGAGAUGUCGACAUUGAUACCACUUUAGUUUGACGUGAUUCAGUUUCUUGUAGGCGUCUUGUAGGCGUCUUGCCAGCUGAAAUCAGCGAUCCGUCAGAAUUUGGUUCAGCCCCAUCAAAAUCAACUGGGAAAAGAAACUCAGAAAAUUUUUGAUGUCUCUGAGUGCAAGCUACUUUCCAUUCAUAAUGGUGGGAUAUAUAUUUUUGGGAGAUAGGGAGGAGGUGAUGCAUGAA